GUUCUGUGACGUACCGCCAUGAGUCGAUGACGGAGCGAAUCUAGAUUUCUAGUAAAGAUGGCGGGUGCUGUAAUGUUUGAAAGAUUACGGGCAGUGUCCACAACAAAUAUGGACGAAGGAAUUCAUCUUUUAAACAAAAUAGAGCAGGAACAAGAAAUUGCAGACAAUGAUGAAGAUAAUAUCCGACAGAAGGAACAACGUAUUCUGGAACUUGGUGAGUUAUAUAAAAAGGAGGGUAAAGCUAAAGAAUUAGCGGAUCUCAUCAAGGCCACAAGGCCCUUCCUUUCGCUCAUAAGUAAAGCAAAAGCAGCGAAGUUGGUGAGGUCUCUUGUCGACUUUUUCCUAGACCUUGAAGCAGGAAUUGGCAUAGAAGUACAGUUAUGCAAAGAAUGUAUAGAAUGGGCAAAAGAAGAAAGAAGAACUUUCUUGAGACAGUCACUCGAAGCUCGUCUGAUUGCGCUAUAUUUCGACACAGGGAUGUUUUCAGAAGCACUUUCACUUGGUUCAACACUGUUGAAGGAACUGAAAAAAUUAGACGAUAAGAAUCUGUUAGUUGAAGUUCAGCUGCUGGAAAGCAAAACAUACCAUGCCUUGAGUAAUCUCCCAAAGGCAAGAGCAGCCCUUACUUCUGCACGAACAACAGCCAAUGCAAUUUAUUGCCCACCAAAACUACAAGCAGCAUUAGACCUCCAAUCUGGUAUCCUGCAUGCAGCAGAUGAAAGGGAUUUUAAGACUGCAUAUUCCUACUUCUAUGAGGCAUUUGAAGGUUAUGACAGUGUUGAGAGUCUUAAGGCAUUAACAGCACUGAAAUACAUGCUGUUGUCCAAAAUAAUGUUGAAUAACCCUGAAGAUGUACAGCAGAUUAUCAGUGGAAAGCUUGCUCUGAAGUAUGCUGGAAAAGAAAUAGAAGCAAUGAAGUCUGUAGCACAAGCAAGUCACAAGAGGUCUCUAGCAGAGUUUCAACAAGCAGUGAAAGACUAUAAGGUUGAGUUAGAGGAUGAUGUUAUUGUACGUGCACAUCUUGGAACGCUUUACGACAACAUGCUGGAGCAGAAUCUUUGUCGCAUCAUUGAGCCAUAUUCACGGGUCCAGGUUGAUUACAUCUCUCAGUCCAUCAAAUUGCCCACUCAGCAGGUUGAGAAGAAGCUGUCACAGAUGAUUCUGGAUAAGAAAUUUCAUGGAAUAUUGGAUCAGGGUGAAGGCGUUCUAAUUGUGUUUGAGGAAACGCCUGUUGACAAGACAUAUGAGACAGCUCUCGAGACAAUUCAUAGCAUGGGAAAAGUUGUAGACACAUUGUAUCAGAAAGCAAAGAAACUUUCAUAAUUAACGGUGUUACUACCUUGGACGCUACAAAUUGUGCAACAUCCAGUUAUUACCAUAUAUGUGCAUGAAACAGUUGCAGUGAGAAAUUGAAAUGUAUGUAACAACUUCAUUGCAUCUUCAGUAAAUAAUGCAGAAGUGUUUAAAUUAUUGAACAUCUAGUUACUGUGUGAUGUAAUACUUUCUUUUCCCAAUCCUGUGCAGAGUGAAAAUGUGAUUUGUAUUAAUACUCCAUCUAGUGGGAGACUGGGAUGUUAUAUUUAUUUUCUUCCAAAUUGGUCAUUGAUGUGAUGUGACUAAUAUUGAAUGCAGAGGUUAAAAUGUCCCUAGGUUCCAAUGUAAUUGUAGUAGUCUUCACAUACAGAUGUUUUUCUUCAACACAUUUGGAAUCUUGUUUUUGUUUCUUGUAUAUUUUUUAAAGUUUGUUAAUGCCAUGAAGGAGUAAUCCACAUAUAUUUUUACUGCCCUUGGAUUUUCAAAUUAUCAUAUACUGGAGCUUGAACAUUGUGCUGUAGUUUGGUAAUCUCAUUUACUGUUGACAUUUAUGUACUGAUGCUGUGUUUAUACAUCAUUCGCUCUUGCCCAGAUAUUCACAUUGUGUGUAGGUAAGCUUCAGAUAUAUGUAACAGUAUACCUUCAGCUCUAUCAAAUUGCAACUAAUAAUACUAAUACUUUUUGUUUGCAAAUAAAAAUGCACUCAGUGCGCUCGGUUAUUGUACGUAAUGGUUUUAAUUUAAAAUUUGUAACCUGUUUAACCAGUGUCCGAAAUGUAGAAAUGACUUCCUUAGACUCUGAUAAUGAACAGGAUUAAAAAGAGAAUUCUGCUUUGUACUUCUUGGAUCAAAAUGUUCAUCAAUAAAGAGAAAAUUGAAUUAA